CUCUUGGAGUCGGACCAAACUAUUAAAAAAGAGAGAGAGAGAGAGAGUUCCAAUUGCUGCUGAUCAACCACCAACGAGAGUCUCUGCAAAAUCUCGCGUAAAUAUUUGCCCUCCUCCGACCACGGUUUCCCUCUGUAAUUAUCUCACUUUCUUCCCCAUCUCCGGAGGUUGGGCAAUUUCUGCUCUACGAGUCGAGAAAGAGACGGGACGAGCUUUAGAGGCUGCAAGUUAGUUUCUUUUUGUGGGUUCUUCAGCUACAUCCGCUUCGUAUUCACUGCUUUUUCGGAUUUUUAACUUCUGGGCAUUAGCUUCCCAAUUUGGUAUGUCGGCAUGGUUGAGAACCUUGUACCUCGUGAAUUUUGCUGUUCACUUUCGCCAUAGUUGAGUGUUGUGGUCAGACAAAUUGUUUUGGAACUGUAACUGUAGAACUGGAAAGGCGUUUGCUUGGAGAUACCCUGAGUUAGAUUUCGUGAGCUAAUGAAUAGGCUAGGAUGAUUUUGUGAAUGAAGUUUGACCUUCAUCAGGCAGUGGGAAGAUUGGGUUUUGACAAAAAUGUAAACUCAACGAAGGUACUCACAUGAUUUGGACAAACUGGCAGAAAUUUUGAGGAUGAAUUCCACAAUGGAUGGCAUGAACUUGAUUCAGCAAGCUCAAAGACAUCACUUAGUGGUCAGGGAGCUCGGUGAGGAGAUUGAUUUGGAAAUAAGUCAUGGGGAUGAUGAUCCUUCAUUCGCUAGUACCCCUCUAAUUGGCAGCGGGUCCACUAGAGAACCUUCUUCCGAGGAACCUGAGGAACCUAAGGAGUUGACAAUGGAUUCUCAACUUCCCUCUGAAGAUCAAGAUUUGUCAAAGAUACAACCAGCAAAAAGAAAGAAAAAGGUUGUCAAGAGAUGGAGAGACGAAUGGGCUGAUACAUACAAAUGGGCAUAUGUGGACGUAAAGGAAGGAACCGCGAGGAUUUUAUGUUCAGUAUGUAGAGAGUAUGGUAGAAAGCACAGAAGGAAUCCAUAUGGGAAUGAAGGAAGUAGGAACAUGCAAAUGAGUGCCCUGGAAGAACAUAACAAUAGUUUGCUUCACAAAGAGGCACUUCGUCUGCAAAUGGCCUCCAAGGAUAAAAUUGUGGCUGAUAAACCCAUUCAUGUGAAAGCAGCAGUUAUGUCCAAAACAGCUGGGUCAAUCAUUGAAGCUGCGUUGAAAAGGGACCCUAAUGAGAUUGAAUUUAUACAAUCAGUGCAAGAAGUUGUCCAUGCUCUGGACAGGGUGAUUGCAAAAAACUCCAACUAUGUCAAUGUCAUAGAGCGCUUGAUAGAACCUGAGCGAAUGGUUCUUUUCCGAGUUCCUUGGAUGGAUGACAGGGGUGAGACACAUGUCAAUCGGGGUUUUAGGGUACAGUUUAACCAGGCAUUAGGUCCAUGUAGAGGUGGUAUGCGUUUCCAUCCAUCAAUGAACCUCAGCGUUGCUAAGUUUCUAGGUGUUGAACAGACCUUUAAGAAUGCCUUAUCACCUUACAAAUUAGGAGGAGCAGCUGGUGGAAGUGAUUUCGACCCCAAAGGAAAAAGUGAUAAUGAGGUUAUGCGAUUUUGCCAAAGUUUUAUGAAUGAGAUCUACAGAUAUCUAGGGCCUGAAAAGGAUCUCCCUUCAGAGGAAAUGGGUGUUGGUACCCGAGAGAUGGGGUAUUUAUUCGGGCAAUACAGACGUUUAGCUGGUCAUUUUCAGGGAAGUUUUUCAGGGCCAAGAAUAUUUUGGUCUGGCUCGAGUCUUCGAACUGAAGCGACUGGUUAUGGUCUGGUUUUCUUUGCCCAACUCAUACUCGCAGACAUGAAUAAAGAGUUAAAAGGACUAAGGUGUGCUGUAAGUGGUUCUGGCAAGAUUGCCUUGCAUGUCCUAGAAAAGCUUAUUGCUUAUGGCGCUCAUCCAAUUACUGUAUCAGACUCGAAAGGAUAUUUGGUCGAUGAGGACGGAUUUGAUUACAUGAAGAUAUCUUUUCUGAGAGAUAUCAAAGCCCAGCAAAGAAGUUUGAGAGAUUACUCAAAAACAUAUGCCCGAUCAAAGUACUAUGACGAAGCAAAACCCUGGAAUGAAGGAUGUGAUGUUGCAUUCCCUUGUGCUUUCCAGAAUGAAAUUGAUCAGUCGGACGCCAUGAAUCUUGUUAAUUCUGGCUGUCGGAUACUAGUAGAAGGUUCAAACAUGCCAUGCACAUCUGAAGCAAUUGAAGUUUUGAGAAAAGCCAAUGUUCUCAUUGCUCCUGCUAUGGCAGCUGGUGCUGGAGGGGUUGUUGCUGGAGAGCUGGAACUGAACCACGAGUGCAAUUUGAUGAACUGGUCUCCUGAAGAUUUUGAAUCGAAGUUGCAGGAAGCAAUGAAACAAAUAUACCAAAGAGCACUCAAAGCAGCGAAUGAUUUCGGCUAUCAGAAAGAGAGCCCCGAGGCUUUGGUUCAUGGGUCUGUGAUUUCUUCAUUUCUGGCUAUUGCUCAAGCUAUGACUGACCAAGGAUGCGUAUAGAUGACGCCCAACAAGUAACUAAUGAUUUGCCUUAUCUCCUGCCAAAGUUGGUAGAUACUCCUCAAAGGGCUAACCGACUGUUGUUUCUCCAUGGUGAAAGCUCAAUCACCAUUUGCAGCCAUGUGCGAGGCUAAGGUUUAUGGUGAGAAGAAUGAAGACAAUUCUUCCUGCUAGUUGUAAAAUAACUUAUAACAUGACCCACAAAUGUUGGAAUAUAUUAAUAGUAGAAUGGUGUAAAGAAAAAUAUGGGUUAGUUACUUAGUUGUAGGGAGUAGGUAGGAACCUUAUGGACAGGAAGUGUGUAUUUUAUGUUGCAUUCUUGUCACAUAUGAGAUUAUGUGACUUGGAAAUAGAAUUUCAUAAUUUAUUGGCUAGAAUUUCUCUUCCA